AUGCUUUCAGUUCCCUUUACAGCCACUCCAUGUAUUAAAGCCAUCAGUCCUACCGAGGGCUGGACUUCUGGCGGCUCUACUGUUAUCAUAAUCGGUGAUAAUUUCUUUGAUGGAUUGCAAGUUGUUUUCGGAACAAUGUUGGUAUGGAGUGAGUUUGUCACCGCACACGCCAUUAAAGUACAAACCCCUCCGAGACAUAUACCCGGUGUGGUUGAGGUGACCCUGUCGUACAAAUCCAAACAGUUUUGUAAGGGAGCACCAGGCAGAUUUGUUUAUGUCUCAUUAAACGAGCCAACCAUAGAUCACGGAUUCUUGAGAUUAGCCAAACUUAUUCCUCGACAUCCGGGAGACCCCGAAAAACUUCCAAAAGAGAUAAUACUGAAGAGAGCGGCAGAUUUGGCGGAAGCGUUGUAUAGUAUGCCGCGUAACACACCGUCACAAUUGGCAGGACUGCCGGCUCCGCGAUCGCCGGCCAGCGCUCUGAACAACGUGGCGGCGGCCGCAGCCAUGUCCGCCGGAUUCAACGCGGCCUAUGCCGCCAGUGCAGGUCAGCUCAGCUGUCCUAAUGAUCAGAACACACUCUAUCAUCAGAACCCACCGUCCAAUGCAUGCUUGGGUUCAUACGACAGAGUGACCGCAUAUAACACAUCCCAUAAACCGAUGCCCACAUCACAUGUUUAUUGUUAUGUUUACAACGAUUACAACAGGACUCAAGCGAGUAGUGUAUCGCCGAGUCGUGGGUACGGCUCGAACGCGUCGACCCCUCACAGCAGUAGUGGCGGCAGUUCUUAUGGCGGGAACGGAACCACAGCCACUAUGAAUGGCGGGUACGGCAGUCCACCAACCAAUAUGUCUACACCAGUCCCCGGCUCUCCCGGACUAUUCAAUGGUAUGGGUAGUAUAGUGUCCGCCUCGCCCUUCGCAGCGAUGAAUCCGUUUGCAUUGCCGACGUGUAACGGCCAGUCGUACGGCUCAUCAAUUGUUUCAUCGACCAAAUGAUGAUCAAAACUGAGUGAUCAACUCUUUAUUAAAAUCAUUUACAUAUUAAGAGACAAAAAAUAAAUAAACCGUUGUUUUUAUUGGACGCACAUAUUAUAUAUUGAAUAUUAUAUUAUAUUCUAUAUUAUAGUGUAUAUGAUAUGAGAAAUUGUAAUUCAUUUUAAUUUAGAGCAAACUUUGUAAUCCGUUAGUUAUUUGAAA